AUGGCCAACAGAAACAACUACGAGAAGUGGCCUGCCCAGCCGGUUUCCACCCCGUUCCUGCUCAGCGACGGUCGCCGCACAAUACGUGACGCUAACCCUGACCCGGACGCCUCCGUUCCCCCGGCCGUCCGCGGAGCCACCGCACGGUCACCGGGCUCCGCGGACGGCGCCGCGGGCCACGACGACCCAGGAGCAGCGCCGGUGCCUGCCCCACGCUCCGCCUUCCCCGCGCCUCCAAGUCGGCGCAGCCCCCGUCCCGACGCAUCCCGGGACCGCUCCGCCGGACGGAGCCCCGAGGGCACAGCCAGGCAGCCGCCCCUCGCCCGCGGGCCUCGGGGAGCGAGACCGGAGGCCUCCAACGGGAAACGGCCUCCCCGAGCUCACGCCCGCCCGCGGCCAGGUCCCAGGGCCGCUCCCGCCGCCGCCGCCCAGACCUUCGGAACGACGCGUCUCCCCGGCGGCCGCGGCACCCCGGGAGCAGCAAGCGUGCGGCCCGGCGCCCGGACGAGUCCCGCGGCCGGAGGACGACCCGGGGCCCCCGGCGUCGGGACACGCUCCCCCCGCCCCGGCCGGGAAGCCCCGCUUCCCGCGCAGCAUCGCCUCAGCGGGCCGAGCCGCACCCGCGCUCCGGUCCCCGCAGGCCUCGGCCCCGCGGCACCUUCCGCCCUUUCCAUUCCGAGGACGGCGGCGGCCUCCGCGGGGAGAACGAACACCCCGAGGCCUUCCCGGGACUGCGUCGGCUCACGGACAGCGAGGCCAGGCCGCGGCGCACGGCCGCAGCGGGACGACGCGGGACCCGAGCGGCGGCCCACACGCACGGGCGCCGGCAAGCGGGCGCCACCCGCUCCGCGCACGGAGCCCCGAAGGGCCCAGCGGCCCAGCCUGAAGACGGAGCGGGGCGGCCUCCCCGCUGCGUCGCCGCUCGUUCCCGGAGCCGUCGGGGUCGGGAGCGCUUCCCUCGGCGCGGCCGGACGCGAGCCCUGCGAGCCCCGCGAGCCCUGCGACCCGCGACUCAGCCCCGCUCGGCGCCCAGGUACCUCCGCGUGCGGGGGGGGGGGGAACCGGUCACGUCACUUCCGUAGGCGGGGCGGGCCGCUCGACGCGCGGGCGUCCUUCCGGCAAAGCGGCGCCCGGCGAUCAGCAACCGGAUUGGGCCGCGCCGGAGGGCGCGGGACGCAAACCCGCUUCCCAUCAGCCCCCGCCGGCCCGUCCGGCGGCCGCGCGCACGCCCGCGCGCCCGCUGCCCGCGCCCGCGCCUGCGCCUGCGCCGCGCAGCCAUUGGGGAGGCCGCCGUGCCGCCGGGCCUCGCGGAGCAGCCGGGGACCGCGAGCGCGGCUCCCGCCGUCCUUCCCGAGUGUGGACGCCGCCGCGGCCCACCGUUGUAACAAAUGUACUAAUACAGGAUGUUAAUAACGGGAAAAA